AUGCACUUCUACUGUGUAGACCCAGGGUGGAAGAAGCCUUUCUUACGCCUCUACCGUACUGAAAUUCCAAAUCAACUAAAACAAACACGCAGAAGAAUCGGAGGAUGGAAAGCCUUUAAAAUCUUAAGACCCAGAAAUAACGACGACCCAGGACCGCUCCCAGGUCGCCCGACUAAAAUUACAACUUCCACCAUCUUGUCUCCUGGAACAUUGGCGACUUUAAGAUCUGCGAUAAUGAUCGUGUGCUACAUCAACAGGGCAAAUAGAUACAAGGUUCAAUCAUACCUAUAUUGUACAUGGUACUGUUCUGAUCCGGGCGACGAUGACAUCUAUCACGCGGAAGUAUCGCUAGGAUAA